GAUGAUAGCUAAAUAAAAAAACUAAACUAGCUUUCACAACCGCAUUUCGCGAAAUCAGUUCUGUUAAAGACUUAAAGUUAAAGUACCACGGGAUCUAUUGAAGCUAUUGUCUACAGUUUAUACUAAACUCUGAAACAUUUUAGUGUGUGGCCUGUUUUUUUUUUUCAGCUUCUUUUAAAUGAAGAAUUUUUAAUUUUGAAAUCAUUUAUUAAUACGACAUUUUGCUGACAUAAAUCAUUUGGUGCGGCUAAUUGGACCCGGUAUCAGAAGUGCUUUUUAGAGGUUGGGUUUAUUUAAAAAAUAUUAAAAAUAUUAUUGUUGGGUUUGUAACACAAAAUUUGGUAUCAAAUGAAAGAUAAUUGAAUGGACUGUAUGUUUGUAAACUUUCUUCUUCAGUUUAACUAAAAUAAACUACCACAAAUGACAUACGAAUAGCAUUUUGAUUUUGAUCAUUUGUCUAAAUUAAAAUUAAAUAAAGGCACCUGGUCUGAAUAGCUGCUAUGCUUACACUUAACUUACUGUGUUUCUUAAGACCCCUGUUUCCCAACUGGUGCCCAAGCCCCGCAGGGGUGCAAUAUGAAAAAUUAGCUGUCUAGAUUUUGAAAACCAACCGUCUACUAUGAUUUAACUCGUUUUUUAAAAGGAGAAAAUCCUUUAAAUUUCAAAUUCUCGAUUUAAAAUCAGUAUGAGUGUUCAUUAAAAGUGUUGUAAAAAUCAUUUAAGUCUCUUCAGUGAACAACCCAAUUUUUUUAACAUUAAAAAUUAUGUACAUAAUACAUGGGGAGGCAUAUAAAUUUUAGAAAGGCUAAGGUCAGUAAGGUGGGGAGAGGCACAAAAUAGUUUGGGAAACACUGCUUUAGACUAAAUGCUAUUCAAAUGUCAUUUUUGGUAGUUUAUAAUUUUAGUUAAACAAACCCAACAAUAUUUUUUUUAAAUCCUAACCUCUUACUUCUGAUACCCGGGUCUGAAUAGCCACUUCGUAAAUCAUUACACUAUUUCUAAAACUAAAAUUGUGACUUCUGAUGUGCCUAGAAUUCAAAUACUAGUAAAUUAAAUUAGUUAAAUUUUAUGAUAAAUUAAUCUUUUAGUUUUAUUUAGACUGGGAUAAGGGCAGUUGUCAUUACACAAAAAAUUUCUGUUUUUAAUUUAAACUUCUCUAUGUGACUGUAUUAACUAUAUACUGUAAUUUAUAUAAUAUAUUAAUAUUAUUAUUAUAUAAAAUUACAGUAUAUAUAAAUAUAGUUUAUAAUAGUAAUAGACUAAAUUAUACAUCAGGGGCCGACACCCAUAUGGUGAGGAUGGUGAUGGUCAUUGCUUCAUUCAGACAAUGUGUUCGGGAGGCGGGGGGGAUUUGAGAAGAUCGGGUGGGCAGUAAUGUAAUAAAGGGCAGUGAGGUGGGGCGCAUCGGGGGGCUCUUUCUUCAUUCAUGGUAGCGCUGGAUUUUCGCCCACUAACCCUAAUUAUGCCACUGGGCAUUGCACCUAUCGGCAUAAAUUUUAGGUACAAUAGCAACCAGGGCUGGCGUCAAACACCCCACCACCCUUUCUCCAACAUAACCUUAAUUCAUUCCAGUUGUGGCGCUCCUAAGGGUUUGCUUUUGACCCUUGGUAAGUUUUGUCACUGAAAUAUAAAUGGUCCGAUUAUAUGUAAAAUUUAUUAAUAGUUUAUUAUAUAUUUGUCAGUUCAAGAAAUCAUCUUAAAUGCUAAAAUCUGGUGUUCUUUUCAGUAAAAAAAAGUGCAGAUACUAACAUUUUUAUCUGGGUAGGGCCAGAAAUGGAGGGCGAUGAUGGCUCUUGAUUGAGAGGGGGGGCUUUGGGAAUCCCUCCCGAGAAAUUUUGGAUAAAUUUAAGAUCCAGUGGUGCAUUUAGUCACCUGAAUUCAGUGUAACUUUCAAAGUUGAUCAGGGGAUGGGACAUGUCAGGAAUUACAAGGGGGGGGAGCAAGGGCAUCUAUCACCACUAAAAUGAGGCAUUAUGGCGCCCAGUGUCUUAAAUUACUUGAAUUCACAGAGUUGUCUGAAAGGAACAAUGGUGAUGGUUCAUCCACAGGCUCCACCAGAGUUCACAAUAUAUUAAAUAUUCUCCUUAUAGGCUACAUGAAUUUAUGAAGGUUCGUACGGUAUUUUUUAAAAUCACAAUAGCUAUUAAUACUGUUAAUCUAAUUUAUAAAUGUUAAUUUUUUUUGUUUCAGUGUAAUUGGAAUAUCAUAUAACUCAAGAAUGAAGCUUCUGACCCAUAAUAUGUUGACUUCAAAUAUAAUUAAAGGUGUCACAAAAGGAUUCCCUCUCAAAAUUGUGGUAUGACUGCAUCAGUAAUUUAACUCAGCUUUUAGAAGCAUUCAAUCAUUCAGUGUAUUCAAAUUAUUUGUGUCUUUAAAUACUAUAAUUUUUUUAAAUGUAUUUAUAUUCAACUCUAAUGGUAGAAAGACAGGAUCCCUUAAUUAACACACUCCCAAGAAAAAAUUAAGAAAAUUGAUAUUAAUAUAUCCUAAAGGCCUAACUGAUAUUUGUGGGGGAUAUUUUUGUGUAAACAAAUCUAUAAAUCUGCUUAUGUAAAUGGAAGAAACAAUUUGAUCAUUUGGCAGCCAGUUCAAGUAGAGAUCAAAGACGUAGACUAUAAUCCAGCUUUUGUCGUGAGAACCUUGUCUAAAGUUGAUUGGCCAGCACUACAUCAAGCAGCUGUUGAGGUAAAAUUUAUAUCGAUAUUAGUGCACUGACAUUUCGUGGUUAUAUUGAUGUAAAUCUUGCUUUUGCAGCUGCCAAGUUAAAACCAGUAUUUUUAAUAUUUUUGUCAAGUGUGAGAACAUUUACAAUUUCAUGGCAGUUCUUUAGCUUUGCCACGAUUAUUUAUCCUGGGUCUUUGUGCAAAAAGGCAAUAGUUUGAUGUAGUUUUUUUUAAGUUAAAUUUGAAAUCAUUUCUUCUAUUCUAGUUAGAGGAAUAGCACUGUAAUUAUAAUGUCAUUAAUAACAAAUUUUUUUUUUACCAGACUGGAUUCGGAGAUGGCCUUCCUGAAACUCUUGGAGAAAAUUUUCAACAAGAUGAAGAAUUACUCAAAAAAAUUCACAAUGCUUUAUUACAGGUCAGUAAUAGUCCAACACCAUCUCCUCCCCAAUUUAAAUUCAUAUAUUUAAAUAAUUAAAAACAAUUUGCCAUCCAUCCGUCUCAAGAAGAUGAUGGUAAUGUUUUCAUUGGAAGUUUCUAAAUCACAUAUUUAAAUAACAUAUAUUAUAAAAUAUAAAUAGUUGUCAUCCUGCAAAUUAAAUUUGUCAAAUAAUGUAUAGCUCUUUAAAUACUUUCUUGACUUAUAAUGUUAUAAUAUCGCCAUGUUUAAAUCUGUAAGUUUUUCAUUGAUUGCAGUUUCAUUAAUUUGCUUGUUUGUGUAGGUGGAAGUGAUACAAGGCGAGCUUGUGUGCCCUGAAUCUGGUCGUAAAUUUCCCAUCACAAAUGGAAUUCCAAACAUGUUGUUACAGGAACAUGAAGUUGGACAAUGAAAUACAUUGUAAAAUUAUUUUGUUUAUGUAUCUGCCAAGGUUUUUUUUUGUGGUUAUGUACUGGUAACAAUUUUCUACUUGUUUAAUUGAUUCUGAUGUCUGUUUUCAAGAAUUUGAUGGGUUGAAUCAGUAAAAGUUGUGUGAAGUAUGAGUUUUGUUUAAGACAUAUGAUAAAGUGGUUAUAAUCUAAAGCAUUUAUUCACCUUAAGUGUUUUUUUUUAAAAUUGAAUAUGAUGUUCUGAAUGGUCCCGAGUAUUUUAUUUUGUUAAUCAAGGAAAUUCCAGCUUUAAAAAUUUUUCAGAAUUUUCAUUUAAAAGUGAAUACAUAUGUGUGGUUAUUUUGUUGGGAUUUUCUGUCAAGUUGUUUUUGGUUAAAAAUCCCCUGCAGUGUAUAUAACAUCCACCAGUGAUGUUUUAUUGUAUAAAUUUCUAUUAUUUUACUGGCUUAUUGUUAGAAUUUCAGGCAUUUAUUUGAUUUCUAUUAAAUUUUAAAGAAAUUUUA